UCGAGCAGGGCGGUUCGUAUGUUCUUAAAAGGUGCCUCAUAGUCCAGCCCUGGCAAAGUCAUUGGCCAUGGGCUAACCUGGAGAUGACCUACGCUAAGGGACUGGGGAAACUGGCCAACAAGCUCACCAAAGUGCUGGACAAAAUGAAAGCCAAUUACAUCUGCAGUGCCUGGCUUUGUGUCUCUGAGGGGAUGAAAUCUGAAUCUGAUUUGCACAGCAACCUUGGCAAAGCCAUUCAGACCGAAGCAAUAAGUCCAACAAACCGCAUCCUGGAGGAACAUGAGAAGAAGAAGAAAGCACUAGAUAAUACAGUUGAGAAGGCAGCAGACGUGGUUGUCAGCAACUGGCGUCAACAAAUAAAGGCCAAGAAGAAGUUAAAGGAGCUUACCAGGGACCAUGAAGCACUCUUCCGUGAUACAGAAAGCUCCCAGCAGUUGGCUUCACCAAAGACCAAAAAAAAGUUGCUCAGAAACCUGGAAAAAUCUGCAACAAAGCUGACCAAGGACGAUGAAGAUUAUUACAAAAAGAACUUAGCUGCCUGUGAAAUGAGGUUAAAAUGGGAAACUGCUUUAGAAAAUUGCCACCAGAAUGUGCUAGAACUCGAAAAGGAGAGGCUCCAUCUUUUGUGCAAUAUGUUAAAUCGCUACAGCCAGCAUCUUUCCAGUUUUGGACAAAACCUAGUUGUGUGCCAUGCAAAGAUUCAGAACACUGUGAGUGAAGCUGAUGCUGAAAAGGAUACCCAGAAGUUGCAGAGAGACAUGUCCGUGACCAUUGCAGAGGACAAAUUGGAGUUCUUGUUAGCAGACUACUAUGAGGAAGAUUCAACAAGUCUAAUUGAAAAAGAGAGGAGACAGGAUUCCAUCAAAGCAAAAGUACUACGUCUGCAAAAGGACUUAGAGAAAGCUCUACAAGACAAAACAGGUCUGGAGCGGAUGCUUAAAGCUUACAUGGACACUCCCCAGUUCUCAGAUGCAAAGAAUCGGAAUGAUAUCACUGAGCACCUCGAUGAGGUGACUCUGAAGGUUAGUCUUUUGCAAGCAAACCACUUCAAGUUGGCAAAUGUGCUAGCAGAAAUUGAACAGAAGCCUAAACCAACAGAACCCUGGAAUGACUAUAUCUCAAAAUGGAAAGAAAAGGACUGCAUGCACAGUUCUGUGCUAAUCCCUUGCCCUGUUAAAGUGAAGCGUUUUGAGCAAGUGGUGAGUGCUGGGGCUGCCAGUGAAGCAGGGACUAACCCAAGCUCUCAACCAGCAACUGUUAGCAAUACAAAGGCAGCAACUUCUUUACAUCCAGAGAACAGCGAUUCAAUUUGUGGCACCUGUAUGUCUUUGUAUGAUUACCAAGCUAAAAGGGAGGAUGAACUCUGCUUAAAAAAAGGUGAUGUGAUUGUAAUCUAUCAGAAAGAAGAGGAUGGAUGGUGGUUUGGAUCUCUAAAUGGGAAAAAGGGCAUUUUUCCAGCUACAUACGUGGAAGAGGUCUCCCCCUCCACUCACCAGACCCCCACCACAGACAAGGAAACUUCCCUUUGAAUGGAACCACCUAAAUAGUCACAGUUGGGAUGGAUCAUAUGUGCAUACCUACUAAUUCUCCUGGAUCUCUCAGCAGUUUUUGAUACCAUUGACAAUAUCUUUUGGAAUACAGUGGUUGUAGAUUGAAAGUUCUGCACUUUGGUGGUUUUGCUCCUACCUGGGUGGCUAAUUCCAGAUGAUGGUGCUAAGGGCCUACUGUUCAGCCUCAAGGGAGGGUGACCAGGAUCCAUCUUGUCCCUCGUGUGUGAACCUCUACUUGAAACCACUGAGUGAGGUGCCACUGAUGACACCCAGCUCCUCUUCUCUUUUUCACUGAAUUGGUAUGUGGGAGCAGGAAUUGACAGGAUGAUGGCCAAUAAACUAGAGUUCAGUCUAAGAUAGAGGUUCUGUACCGAGGUGGUUUGUAUGUUGGGGAAAGUGUUUCGCCUGUUCAAGGCAGAGUUAUGCUCAUCCUAAAGGUUCAAAUUUACAGUGGGGUACCAAUAGAUCCAGUUAUUUCCCUGGAGACUUGAAUGACAUCCAUGACUCACAGCACCUCACCAGCUGCAGCUGCUACAUCAGCUGUGACCCCUUCUGGGCAGAGACAGUAUGGCUCCAACUACCCAUGCUCUGUUAUCUUUAAAAUGAACUAUUUUAGUGUGUGGUAUACUACCAUUGAGGGCUUCUUGGAAACUCCAAUCCAUACAAAACACAGCAGUCAGAUUACUAAAUGGGACUAUUUAUAGGAAGCAUAUGAAAUCAGUGCUCAAACAGCUGCAUGGAUUACUGGUCUGUUUCAGGCACAAUUCAAAGUACUGUUACCUUUCACUAGCUUGGGGCCGAGUUACCUGAACAACCACAUUCUGCCAUGAGUCUGCCCUGCAAUUCAUCAAGCAAGGUCCUCCUCAGAGUCCCUUGGUAGGUGUCCACAUUGAGGGCAUUAAAAAAAAAAGUCAUGGCAUUUUGUAUCUGCAAUGCCCUCUCUAGAGACACUCACCCAGCACCAACCUUGAUGACCUUUUGAUGCCAAUUUGCCCAGCCUUCUAGCAUGCUGAGGACCUGGUUUUGAAUGUAUCUUUUGGAUUUUAUUGUGUAAUUAUGGCUGCUGGAGACUCUUGCCUGAAACCCUGGAGAUGCCGCUGCCAGUCUGUGUAGAUUAUACUGAGCUAGAUGGACAAUUAGUUUGAUUUGGUAUGAGGCAGCUUCCUAUGACUGCAUUGUUAUAGUUACUGACAUGAGAAAAAUUGCUCCUAGUUUUUCUGUUGAAAUUAAGCAUUGAUUAAAGUAGUUCAGUGGGACUAACUUUAAGCAUUUUUCUCAUGUCAGCCAAUGUUUUUUUUAUCUUUGUUGAAGAUUAAUUCAUCUACCAAAUAAAUACAUUACAAUACGG